CUCUAAAGAAAAACUUGAAGCAAUCAAAGAUGAAUAAUUCCCUAAUUUCUUCUAUUAUCUUCUUUCACCUUUUGAUCGUUUCCGUAAGGUCCGACGUCCUCAGUGAUUCUUGCAGCCAGGCUGCCAAGGGCGAUCCCAAUAUAAACGUCGACUUCUGCGUUUCGAGCCUCCGAGUGGAUCCCAAAGCCAAAAGCGCCACCAGCGUUGCCGAUUUGGUCGACGUCGCGAUCAACACCGCCGUAUCGGAUGCGACGAGCAUAGGGUCGGUCAUAUCGAAUCUCCUGAGUAACAAAGGCCUCGAACAGUACGUGAGGAGAUGCCUGGAAGAUUGCUCCGAGCUUUACUCUGAUGCAGGGUCGAACUUAAAGAGUGGUGAGCAGGCUUUCGAGGGUAAAGAUUAUGGAAAGGCUAAUUCAGAGAUAAGUGCCGCCAUGGAUGCAUCGACCACCUGUGAAGAGCAGUUCAAGGAGAAGAAAGGGGUGGCUUCGCCGUUGACGAAGGAGAACGGCGAUUUCAAUCAGUUGACCGCAAUCUCUCUUGCAUUCAUUAACAUGGUCCAAAAAUGAUGAUAAAA